AUGGAUAGUAAUCGUCGAGGAUUCGGAAGACUGAAAGAUGAUUUUCAGGGAGAAAGCAUUGGCAUGCGCACUACUAGUACCGUUGGCGAUCCAGGCGACACUCCACCUUACUGGCAGCAGAUCCAGUUCUCGUCAACAUCAGAUCAACAGCAACAAGAAGUAGUGACAAAAGGGAUGGAGCGACAAAUAUCCUCAGAGUCGUCUUGUUACGACAAAUCAGCGCUUAAUCAAUCUUCACCAAGAAAGAAAGAUACCGCAAAACCGGAAGGAAUUCGUGAUUUGGUUUCUGUGAUAGCGAUGCCUGUGAUCAAUGUGGCAGGAACGUCUGUGCUUAUUGCAAUGCUAUUAUACAUCUAUCAGCACGCAAAUGGCCAAAGCACAGAUCUAACUAUGGCUGGUAUGAAAGUGCCUACCAUAAUUUCACUGAUGAUGACGAUUGUCAAAAUGUUUGUCGCAGGCGGCAUUGCAUACGCGAUUUCAGAGUAUAAGUGGAUUCGGCUACAAAACGAUGGUGGACAACUUGCUUUACUGGAUAUCUACGAUGCAUGCACUCGGGGGGUUGGUGGCAUUGUCCGUAUUCUCACUUCAAUCCGAGCCGAUCAUGUGCUUUUGCCAGCUAUCAUUUUCCAGUUUGGCUUGAUGGCUAUGGGUCCUGCAUCGCAGCAGAUUCUUACGACGGCCAAUAAUGUGCAGUGUGAUAAGGAGCAUACGGGCGUCUAUUACACCAAUGUCAGUGCAUCCGACAUGACGACCAUGAAAACCACGAGUGGUGCUGCAAGUGUCAAGGGAUUAGAACAAGAUUAUCUUGUCCGGUAUGCAUUUGGACAAGCCGCACUUGGCUUUCAAGUGCAACCCUACUAUGACUGUCCCUUAAAUUCAAUCAACUGUACAUACACACCGAUCCUGGGAUAUCAUACAGCGGUAACGUGCAAGAACGGCUCACUAAAUACCCAAAUCGUUGACUUGAAUCGCAACAAUAUCACUACCUUGAGCCAAUACUACGGAUACGAUAAAGCAGAUCGACGCUUCCCACCUAUGCCAAACGUUCCCGGAAUAUUCUACGACGGAUCUAUGUUUGGCCGAACAUAUUUUGAUCUGAACAACUACACAAAGCCGCUUGACGUAUCAGCAGACAACAAUGCCACGUAUGAUGCCCAAAUUCGCAAGUUUUUCGGUGACCAAAAGUUCGUUGUCGUCACUACGGAUGAUGGCACAUUACGAAGUUAUCUUGACUCAAAAAAGAUGCCACAAGUCCUCGAAUGCACAUUACAGUCAUAUCUGAACACGUCGACCUUGAUUGUAGAAGCAUUGUCGAAACGACAACAGCUAUUAUCCCAAGUGCCCAUAACGUUCGACUUUGACGCUUUGAGCAACAACACGUAUUGGUCAGACUAUUAUGUUGGAGCAAAUUUCACACAGAUGAACGCAUAUGCCAUGCAACUUUCUAUUUUAAAAAAUUUGAUCGCAGACGGCAUGGAUGAGUUUCAAGAAAUCGUCGAAAAUUGGCUUUACUAUGGAAUACCUCACGGGAAUACACCAGCAGAGUUUUUUGCAAACGCAUUGCACAAUGUCGAUCUUUCCGCCGUCUAUGGGCUGCCCAUCAAUCCAAUAUUCGGCACCAAGGGUACUCAGUGCUACAAUACGGGAUCCUUUUAUCAGCUGAAUCCUGCGGCAUUUUAUGGACUCUCCUUAUCACUGCUAUUGCCACUCGGAUGGUGGACCGUCUUAUGGGUAAUCAGCUUACAUCAAACAAAUGGCAUUUCCAGAGGCAAUUCACAGGUGGCUCUUCUGGUGACUGGCCUGACACCGGCUGUUCGUGAAAAGCUCAGGGGUAUUUCGCAUGCUGGCCAGAAAGAGCUUUUCGAAAGGGCGCAAAAGGUCGAUGUGGUGUUUGGCGAAACAAGAUCAACUGGUCAUAUCGCUUUCGGUACACCUGGUGAAAUUAAUCCCCUUCGCACUAGACGCUACUCAUUUUGA